AUGAGGUCAUACAACUUGACAUUAGAUGCUAUGAACUUUAACAACAACUUCACAACAACCAUUAACCCUGAAAUGCAAAAUUCUAUUAUGCCAUAUGUGAAAGUAUGGACUCAUACAGGAGGUCAAAAAACUCAAUAUACAAAUGGAGACCGUUCAAACUUUUGGCUUGGCAUUCCAUUUGCUGACUCAGAAGACUUUAUGGGUGGUAUUUCAACUGUUGGUACUGUACAAAUACAAUAUACUGGUGACAGAGACGGUCCAGAUGAAUUGAGAGCAAAGAAGUUUACAAAACCAAUAGCACUUUUCACGGAAGAUGCUCUUUUGAAGAUUCGUUCGAUGAAACCUGCUGGGGCUCCUCAGAUUGGCAUAACGACAGCUUCCAUCGAGCAGAUUUUGGCAGCAGGUCAGUAA